GAAAUAGUCGAGGAAGAGUUUAAGAAAUGAAGAAUUUAUUCUAAUUAUAUCUUUAAUUAAGAAUGGCAAAAAAUCAUCUUUCCCUAAAUCAGUGCAUCUGUGCAUAUACCAUUACUCUUUGUUGAAAACUUGAAACCAUAGAGUUUUGGUUGUUUGGUAAUGCUUUGGUUUCGUAAUCUUUUUUUCUGGGAGAAACCACAUUUUAGGUAUGGCAACAAACAGUAAUCUAUGUACUCAUUUGCAGUCGUAGCCAUUGAUGACACGUCAUGAUUCUGAAAAGUAAAGCGAAUCCGAAGAGCUGAGAUUUGCCGGCAUAGAUUCAAGAAAAUUGAGCCUUCUUUCAUCCUUCUUCUCCCAAGAAGCUUUAGAUUGACUCGGCCGACCACCCGACAGCAAAGGUUGCCGUCCGAGGCCCGGAGCUGACUUGCUGUUGUAUUACAUACUAAAACGAGGGAAUGUGGAUGAUGCAGUUUUAGAGCUACUGUUUGUGGUCUUAUGUAGAAAAUUCUUUCUGGGUUGUCUUCGAUUUUGUUCUUUGGAGCUGUAAUGGCUGAGCAAAUCUGCUUCUUCACAAAGGGUGCUCUCAUCAUAAAACCUCCGAAGAAAUCUCCGGCAUUCUUUAGGGUGGCACUUGUAGUACUAGCAAUGGUGUGUGGUGUUUUUAUCUUCUCUGUCUGUCUAAACCAGUUCAAGGCUGACAGAGAAGAUAAAGUAUUGAAUUUUGAAGUUGUAAAUAAGCAUUGUGAUCACCUUGAUGUUGAUAGAUCUCAGAUUCCCUAUUUACAUUACCCAAAGCCAAAAACAUUCAGCAGGGAUGAAUGUGCCUGUAAUCCUGUUCGUCUCUUUGUCAUUUUGACAAUGCAAAGGACUGGGAGUGGAUGGUUUGAGACAUUAUUGAAUAGUCACAUGAAUGUAAGUUCCAAUGGUGAAAUAUUCUCCAUUAAAGAUAGGAGGGAUAACUUUUCUUCAAUUGUGGAGACUCUUGAUAGAGUCUACAAUCUAGACUGGUUCACUAGUGCAUCAAAGAAUCAGUGUUCAGCCUCAAUUGGUUUCAAAUGGAUGCUUAAUCAGGGUGUGAUGGAACACCAAAGAGAGAUUGUUGACUACUUGAACGAAAAAGGUGUUUCUGUAAUAUUUCUUUUCAGAAGAAAUCUACUCCGCCGAAUGGUUUCAUUGCUUGCAAAUUCAUAUGAUAGGCACGCAAAACUCUUAAACGGGACCCACAAGUCUCAUGUUCACUCACCUGAAGAGGCUGAUACUCUUGCAAAGUACAAGCCUUUGAUCAAUACAGCAUCGUUAAUGAUGGAAUUAAUGCAAGCCGAUUUAGUUGCCAGUGAAGCACUUCAGUACUUCAACAGCACACGCCAUAUCCUUCUCUACUAUGAAGACCUUGUCAGAAACCAGAGUAAAACUAUGGACGUUCUGAAGUUCUUAAGACUGCCACUUGUGCAUUUGAGUAGUCGGCAAGUAAAGAUACACAGUGGGCCGUUGUGGAAGCAUGUCAAGAACUGGGAUGAUGUUAAAAGGACAUUGAAAGGAACUGCUUACGAAGGAUUCCUCCAUGCUGACUAUUAGUUUCAUAGGUUGAUUACUGGUCAAAAAAAGUGUGCAUGAUUUAACCAUUUUUCUCUCAAGUCUAACAGGUAUACAUUUCGCCAUGUUCCUGGAGGCCCGGGAAUCAGUCACUUUCACUAUGGUUUGUGGUAUCAUAUAGCAUAAAGUUGGGUGUAAGGGAGCUAGCUAAUCUGAGAGCAGUAGCAAGUCAUAGUCAAGCUAAGUUGUUUAUGUAAUUAGUGUGCUUCCAUUAACACCGAGGUCAUGAAAUUAAAAGUAUAAAUAUCUAACUUCACUUUCGGUAACAAUUUUUGUUGUUGAUUUUCCAUUUUUUAUUUAUUUGAGGGGCCAAGUUUGUGAAAUUAUGUGCAUAAUAACGAAUAGUAACAGUUAGUGGUGAUUUUUUAACUUGAGCUGGUGUAUAGAUUGUGACUUGAUUAACAGUUAUGAGUGCUUAAUGUUGAU